AUGCUCCGCUUCAUUAGUCCUUCUAUCAUUAGACCUUUAUCUGCCACCAAGGCUACUUCUGUUAGAGCCUUCUCUACUGCCUUUGUCUCUAGACAGGCUGUCGCUGGCACUGCUGACGAAAAGUCAUACACCCACAUCAUUGCCGAGACCAAGGGCAAGGUUGGCUUGAUCACCUUGAACCGUCCCAAGGCUUUGAAUGCUUUAUGCAGUGAUUUGUUCACUGAGGUCAACGAGGCCCUUCGCUCUUAUGACAAGAAUGAGAAUAUUGGUGCUGUUGUCAUCACUGGUUCCAAGAAGGCAUUUGCUGCCGGCGCUGAUAUCAAGGAAAUGAAGGACAACACCUUUGUUGACACCUACACUCAAAACUUCUUGGGUCACUGGGCCGAAAUGACUGAAAUCAAGAAGCCUAUUAUUGCUGCUGUCAAUGGUUAUGCUCUUGGUGGUGGUUGUGAAUUGGCCAUGAUGUGUGAUAUUAUCUAUGCUGGUGAGAAGGCCGUAUUUGGUCAACCUGAAAUCAAGUUGGGUAUUAUCCCUGGUGCUGGUGGUACCCAACGUCUCGUAAAGGCUGUUGGCAAGUCUAAGGCAAUGGAAAUGAUCUUGGCCGGUAACAUCAACUUGAACGCUACUGAGGCCUUGAGUUUGGGUCUUGUCAGCAAAGUUGUCCCUGCUGAUGAUCUUGUUGAAGAAGCCCUUAAGACUGCUGGUAUUAUUGCCGAGAUGAGUCAGCCUUCUGUUCAAAUGGCCAAGGAGUUGAUCAAUAAAUCUUUCGAAAUUCCUCUUAGCGCUGGUUUGCGUUGGGAACGUGUCCUCUUCCAAACUCUCUUUGGCACUGCUGAUCAAAAGGAGGGCAUGAACGCCUUUGCUGAAAAGAGAGCUGCUACUUUUACCAACAAAUAA